AUGCUAUGUUCUUACAGAGUUGUGACUAGUUCUCACAUGCUUUUGAUUGGCUCUGACAUACUUGUGACUGGUUCUCACAUGCCUGUGACUGGUUCUGACAUACUUGUGACUGGUUCUUACAGGUUUGUGACUGGUUAUUACAUGCCUGUGACUGGUUCUUACAGGUUUGUGACUGGUUCUUACAUGUCUGUGACUGGUUCUGACAUACUUUUGACUGGUUCUUACAUGUUUGUGACUGGUUCUUACAUGCCUGUGACUGGUUCGUACAUGUCUGUGACUGGUUCUGACAUACUUUUGACUGGUUCUUACAGGUUUGUGACUGGUUCUUACAUGCUUGUGACUGGUUCUUAA